CAGAAGUGGUCGUCCAACGUGUCAAAAAGAUGCAACAUGCCAACUAUAUAAGUGACAGGUAUGAGAUAUAUAUCUCAAACUGACACAUGAAAGAUCCAUGCAUGUCGACACUCUUUGCUCCUCGAUAACAUCUCCGUGACAACAUUUCCAACUGAUGAGAGUGCGAGGGCUUUAACUUUAUGUAAACUUUAUCUUCUUAAAUUAUACUAAUUAUACUGUGAACAACAGAAUAGCUUUAGGAAUUGUCUAGUGCUCCACUUCGACGCAAAAUCCAAAUCUUUUGACUGGCAAAGGACCCAAUCAUCAAGUUGAGAGGAAAUUUUUGCUGGUGGAGGUGGCUGAAACUUUGUGGUGAAUAGGUUUAUCAGAUUGUGAUAGCUCAGACAACAACUUAUGCUGGUUACUCCUUUCUCUCUAGCUAUAAUCUCAAACUUAUAACUUCCCAGUAAUCUGAUAUUUCUUUCUAAUGGCUGGAGGACACAGACAUAAGGAGCUCAGCAAAUCAUGUGUCUUGCUUAUAGUGAUGGCUGGUAAAGAGAGGUUUGCAUUCAAAGGGGUGGCAUCAAAUCUGGUAACUUACCUCACAGAUGUUGUCAAAAUGAGCAACUCUUCCGCAGCCAAGACUGUCAACAGAUGGUGUGGUUUCACUUUCAUUAUGCCGUUGUUAGUGGCACCCCUUGCUGACUCUUAUUGGGAUCGAUACUCCACCAUACUUGCCUUCUCUUUCAUCUAUGUUAUUGGCCUUGUGGCAUUGACAUCUACAGCAUUUACUUCGUCAUGGUCUCGUUCAAAUAGCACAAGCUCUUCUUCCUUCCUCUUUUGGUCCCUCUGUUUGAUUUCUCUAGGCCAAGGUGGAUACAAUCCAUCGUUGCAAGCAUUUGGAGCAGACCAACUAGACAAUGGUGACGAAGAAUUGCCCAGCAGCAAAGACGAUCAGAAUUCAGGAAUGAAGAGUUUGUUCUUCAAAUGGUGGUAUUUCGGAGUCUGCAGCGGCAGCCUUUUGGGUGUCACUGUCAUGUCCUACAUUCAAGAUACCUUUGGCUGGGUUCUCGGAUUCGCCAUCCCCACAGUCGCCAUGGUUACAUCAAUGGUAUUUUUAUCAUUUGGAGGUCGGAUAUAUGCAAACAAAUCAGAGGAACAUAUUCAAGGCAAUCCUUUUCUCAACAUCAUUCAAGCUAUUAAAGCAGCUGCAUCAAAAGUGAUGGGUAGCAAGUCCGCCUUGGCAAUUGAGAAACCUGAUGGCGUGGAGCUACAGCUUCAGGAAAAACCACUGUGCCCUCAAAAUUUGGGCAGCAAUGAGGACUUGGUUGACCUGGAGAAUCCCACAAACGGCAACCAUCUUCUCCGAAAUGCAAAAGAAGUAAUUCGACUUCUGCCCGUAUGGAUAAUGCUGCUCAUGUUUGCGGUAAUUUUCCAACAGCCGGCUACAUUUUUCACUAAACAGGGCAUGACAAUGGAGAGAAACAUCGGCAGCAACUUCAAGAUCCCGCCGGCAACACUUCAAAGCGCAAUCACAUUCUCCAUAAUACUUCUCACGCCAUUAUACGACACCGUUUUGAUCCCAAUCACGCAGACCAUCAUCCGAAACGAAAAAGGUAUCAACGUAAUGCAGAGAAUGGGCGUAGGGAUGUUUCUUUCCAUCAUAGCAAUGGCGAUCGCCGCAGUAGUGGAAACAAAGAGGCUACAAUUGAGCAAGCAAAUGGGAAAGCCUCUAAGCAUUUUCUGGUUGUUGCCUCAAUACAUUUUGUUAGGGAUUUCAGACAUUUUUACAGUGGUGGGGAUGCAAGAGUUCUUCUAUAAUGAAGUACCGGUGAGGAUGAGAACGACGGCGUUUGCUUUAUAUACAAGUGUUUUCGGGGUGGGGAGUUUCAUGAGUGCGUUGUUGAUCUCUGUCAUUGAAGUUCUGUCGAGUUCAAGAGGGGGACACAGCUGGUUUUCGGAUGAUAUGAAAGAAGCUCGACUGGAUAAAUUCUACUGGGUUCUAGCUUUGGCCAGUGCUUUGAGUUUGAUGUUAUAUGUAAUCUUCUGCAAAUUUUAUAGGACUGGGCGUGGUUCGGAUUCUAACAACUGUAAAUGAACUCGCAUGUUUUCGGGUUUGACAGGCUACUGUUUAUGGUAUUGCUUGUUUUUGCUACAAAUAUGAAGGUCGAAUUACUAUUUGCGUUUUA